UGGUUAUUCGUAAAUAUGGCUACACUGAUAUAGGCGGAUUGAAACGCGAAGUCCGUUACUCUACUUUUGUUGCCUUCGGUUCGCUAUUCUGGCGGGGAUCAGUCUCAGUCAGUAAGUCGUGCUCGUAGUUUGGAAUACGUAUGUUGUCAUGUGAUUUUGUUGUGUUAUUUUGUUAAUCUAACGUUUCGUGUUUCGUCAUUCGUGGUAGUUUCAGACAUCAAGUGCAAGUGCUCACCACCAGUACAAGGAUUUUUUAUGAUGGAGUCGGUCAACAAAAAAGUAAUUGACCGCAAGCCAGUAAAAAAAUAUGUCGUUCUUUCCGAAAUGGGAAAAAAACCAAACACAGUAAUACUCAGCACCGUUCUAUCCAAGUGGGUUCUCUUUGAACAAAAGGAAUUCUGGUACCCUACAAAUCUUAAAAAACUAGGACAUGAUAUAGAAGAGGUCUUAAGAAAUAAUACGGUGCCAGAAACUGAUCCAUAUAAGUGGAAGAAAUACAAAUGGCAUUCGAUUUAUUACGAAACAAAUCGGUACGACAGCGCUGCUGAUCAAGUAACAGCGUUAGAAAAAGAUAUAUCCGAAGUGUUCGAAGUGUCCGAAUCCAGCAUUAUCGAUUCCAGCCCUCCGAAUAUUCUACGAAGCAAAGUCUCUAAAAAAGGUCGUACUCUAGGAAGUGUACCUCAAAAAGACUUCUCAGAUCGGUACGACAAGGCUACUGCUCAAGUAACAGCAUUAGAAAAAAAUAUAUCCGAAGUGUUCGAAUCCAGCGUUAUUCAUUCCAGCACUCCAAAAAGCCUACGAAGCGAAGUCUCUAAAAAUGCUCCUACUGUAGGAAGUGUACCUCAAAAUGCUCCUAUCUCUGAAAGCCAAUAUGCUGAGUUGAAAAAUGGUAUUGAUCAAAUAUUGGCCGAAAUGAAACUUUUGAGAAAAGAAUUAGACGAUAUUAAACGAAGGCAGUCAAACGCUGUCGUCCAAGUCCGCCAACCAACAACUUCAUCGCCAAGGAAAACCUUUAUCAAAUUUUCUCCAUGGAGGAGGGACAUGGAGUUGCCUGUUAGUACGGUCGAGGAGAUGGAGAAAUUAAAUAAGAAAAUAGAGGACGCUGAUUAUUUCGCUAAAUUGGGUGAAUUGUUCAAGUACUGCAGCAGCUCGGCUUUAAACGUUCCUAAGAAACUUGAUGCUAUCAUGGAUCAGUUAUUCGACCCAGAAAUAUCACGAUUUUACAACUGCAACGGACUAUAUCAGAAGUAUAAUUUUACAGAGACGCGGAUCUACAAAGAAAUAAAAGGUUUUUUGGAGAGAAAAAUUGACAGUACUGUGACCGAGAACAUUCGUGAGAUCGAAAAAAGUUUUGUCAAAUGGCUUAAAAAGAAGUCCGACGGACUUAGAUACGCUGCAGCAGUGAAAAGUGGUAAAAGGAAUACGUCAAUAAAAAGUUUGAAUGAUGAAUUCAACGCGUCUUCAAAAUCAACGAGUGAUCUUCCAACAGGCGAAUCUUCGGCGCUUCAACACAAGGCGAACAAAAGCGAUUUUCUUCCGAUCGAAUUUCCAUCGAAUCAUUCGGCUGAAACUCUGGCGAAUGAACUUUCAAGUGAUGAGCCUUUUUCAGAUAACGACGAUAUGUACGAUAAAAAUGACGGCGAUGAAAUUUACGAAAAAACUGACGACGACGUUGGAAUGGGGUUGAGAAUUGCGGGUGCUUUUGCCAAUGAGCAGUUUUUGGAUAAGUCGACCGAUUAAUCGUUUUUCAAUUAUUAUCGAAGUGAGAAUCAGGAUCUGAUUUCUCCAUGUUAUAUGUAUACGUAUGAACAAGCUUAAAUUUAAAUUUAUCGGAAACAUAAGGUACAUAAUUUGACUUUUUGUUUGAAGUAGCAGGGUGUGAGUUUCGUGCCUUAAAAAACAAAGUGACUUUUUUGCUCUCAUUUUUGUGGAAUUGUGAUUUUUCUUUUUCCAAAAAUCAUAAUUUCCUUUAAAUUUUGAUCUUCUUUUUCGUGAAGGGAGGGAAGCUUCUUCAAAAUUUGAUGACUUUGUUUUUUUUUGUGUAUUUUCACCUUUUGUGGUGGAUUUUUCUGCAUCUCGAUAUCUUUUAUUCGUUGAUCCCUCUCUCUCUUUGAACUAUUUUUUUUCUCUGUUGAAUCCUCUUCAGUUUUACUAGAAAUUUUUCGAUAAUUUUCCUCAAAAAAUGUUCGAUUUUAUUUCCAAAUGUAUAAUUAAUUUUAAUUCUCGUGAGUUCUCUGUUCUGAAUUCAUAAUGGUUUUUGCAGUACUGAAUUUUCGAAAGAUUUCCAUUUUCAUCAUUUCCAUAGAUUUUGUUUUGAAUUUCAUUGAUUCGUUUUUCUGCCUAAAUUUUUGUUCUGAAUUUCUGCGAAACCUUUUUUCUAGAAUUUUCGAGAUUUUUAAUAACAUUUCUUCCUAAUUUAGUCCCAAAUUUUGGAAAUUUUUUCGGCCUAAAUUUUUGCAAAAUUCCCCUGUUUACAGAUUUUUUAAAUUUUUUUAGAUUUUUUUUUGGACUUUGAGACUUGAUGGUUUUAUUUGGAAUUUUUUUGAGGAUUUCUUUUGAAUUCUCAUAGAUUCUAUUUUCCCAUUUUUCGACGAUUUGCCUUCGUGAGUUUUUUUUCAAUUCUUGUGAUGUUUUUUCUUAAAUUUUAGUGCUUUUUACCUUAAUUUUUUCGCGGUGGAGUUUUUCUAGGUACUUCUUAUCGAAUUUUUAGAUUGAAUUUCGUUCCUCCCUGUUUCGGUAGACUUCCCCCUCUUCUUUCAAUUUUGCAAUUUUUUUAGUAGUUUAUCACAUUUUUCGAUUAUGUUUCCGGAAUCCAUAAUAUUAUUUUCAUGCGUUAUUAUUGUAGUGUAAUUUUGAAAUGUUAAUAAUUACAUAUCUGUUUUGAGCUUUU